GACAAUAUUUUUAUAUAAAAUGCGGAUAAGCGGGUAUACCAUUUCUCUGUUUGUUGUUGGAUAGAGCUGGUAUAAACAGAUUCAGUAACUCACCUCACUUGAACCGGGAAUCAUUAAGAUAAAAACGAUCGAUAUGGAAGUUGCCGCCGGCGAGCCGGUAAGAGUCCAAACCCUAUCCCAAAUCACCAAAGCCUCACGGAUCCCCUCUCAAUACAUCCAACCACCCGAGACCCGACCCGACCCCCAUACCUCUCAGAUCACCCUCCCGUCAAUCUCCCUCAGCAGCCACCGUGACUCCGCCGCCCUCCGCCGUGAAAUCGGCGAGGCCUGCCGAGACUGGGGCGCCUUUCACGUCAUCGAUCAUGGCGUUCCGGUAAAUUUGCUGAGUGAUAUGCGAAACAACGGGCGAUCAUUUUUUGAAGAUAAGGAACUUGAGGAAAAGAUGAAGUAUUCUUGUGAUCCUAAUUUGCCUGCCUCUGAAGGAUAUGGAAGCCGGAUGCUGGUUGAAUCUAACGACACCGUUUUGGAUUGGAGAGAUUAUUUUGAUCAUCAUACAAUGCCCGUUUCUCGGAGGAAUCCAUCCAAGUGGCCUGACUCUCCUUCUAACUAUAGGGAAGUUGUAGCAGAGUAUAGUGAUCACAUGCAUGCCCUAGCACAAAAGCUUUUGUGUUUGAUUUCUGAAAGUCUGGGCUUGCCUUCAUCUUGCAUAGAAGAGGCUGCAGGGGAAUUUUACCAGAAUAUAACUGUGAGUUAUUACCCGCCUUGCCCGCAGCCAGAGCUUGCUCUUGGUCUUCAAUCUCAUUCCGACAUGGGUGCCAUCACCCUGCUCAUCCAAGAUGAUGUUGGAGGUCUUCAGGUGUUGAAGGAUGGUGAAUGGGUAACUGUACAUCCUGUAUCUGAUGCCAUUGUUGUAAUAUUGGCUGACCAAACUGAGGUUAUAACAAAUGGCCAAUAUAGAAGUGCCAUACAUCGUGCCAUCACCAAUGCCAACAGGGCCCGCCUUUCAGUUGCUACAUUCCAUGACCCUGCAAAGACGAAGACAAUCUCCCCAGUUAUUCAUCCUCCUCGAUACAAACAAGUGCUCUAUGGUGAUUAUGUUUCGUUGUGGUAUACAAAGGGGCCAGAUGGGAAAAGAAACAUUGAUGCCCUUCAGAUUUAGUAAAAAAUUGUCUAUCGUCGUGGUUACAGACUUUUAAAUCUGAACUCCAUAUCUUUUUAUCAGUUGGUGCUUUCAAUAUCUAUGCUUUGUGAUCUAGUUGAAGUGGCAUCACCAAAGAAUAUAUAGCAACGUAAACCAGCUUGUUCAUUGUAUUUAUAGGAUUUGUAUUCUGUCAGUGUUUACAUAUUUGUUGUGGACUUUAAGCAAAGGGGAGUAAGAAUCUGCUGGUGUGGAAGCAAAUCAGCCAGCACAUCCACUAUAGGAGCGACCAAUACCAAGGGAGUUGCUAAAAGAACUCCAAAUCUGACCAGAAGAAUCUGAAAUCAACUAGACACAGAAGAUCAUCUAUUGUUUUGCCUGCUCACACUGGUUAAUGGUUAUAUGCCUGGUUUUGUUCAUAUAUAACCCUCUAUCCUUUUUCUUUCAAGUUGGACUAGGACUUUAUGUAAAUAAAGCAUGUGAUGAUAGCUUGUACUCUAUUUUGUCUUAUUUCAACUGAUAUACAAGCAUAUUAAGAUUC